AUGAAUAGCAUUCUACGGUACAUCCGAUCGAAAUUCACACACGAGCCAGAGCAGCAUGCCAUUGAACAGUUUGCAGUCUUUGAUGAGGGUAAUCGGGGAGGAUUUCCUUGCGAUAUUGCUGCCUUUGAUUACUACGCCGGAUGUGUUGCUAUUGGAACUAGCAGUGGAAAUGUCACAUUUUACGGAUACAACGGUGCUUCAUGGACAACCAACGUGGGAAGUUCCAGCACUGAAAGAAUCAAAAUCGAGCAUAUCUAUCUCAUCUCUACAAACUUUGCACUAGUACUAUGUCGAGGGCCUGUGAUCAUCCCAUUACAUAUGAAAGACGGUGUCAUUACACCGAAGGACGAGUUCAGAUUUGGCGAAAAUACAAAGCACAAAUGGAAUCAGAGUACACACGUCCAAAAGCUGUCGGAAGACGCUUAUGCGUUGAUUUUUGCUAUCAACAACACCGUCUAUCGGAUCAAAUCCAAAACAGUGAAAUUGGAAGUGUUGAUCAACAAUGAUGACUAUGAGAAAUGGGUUCCGAACGACACAGAACUCUCAAGUAUCACAACUUUUCCCGAGAAAUCGAAUGUGAUCAUGCUCAUUUUUGAGAACGGUACCGUCUGCGUCUUCAAUGAAUCUCAAUACGUGAUGCAAACUACUUUGAAAAAUUUUGAAGAUGAGGCGAUUCAGAAAUUGCAUUGGAGUUCUGAAAACAAAAAGAACAUCGCCUAUGGUAUCUCAUGCAACAACCUAUACACGAAAUGGGAGUUCACUGUUGGAAAAGACUGUCACAUCAACGGCACCGAAGUGAACGUAUUCAGCCAGUACCAUUCCGGCCCGUAUCCUUGUCACCAGAUUAAACACUUUGGAGUAUGUUCGGAUGUUUCGAAAAACAAAGAUAACUUUUUAGUGUAUCAAGGCGGAAAGAGCUCUGGAAAGUACGACGACAGGGACCUAGUCACAGUAGUUCGAGGAGACGCGGUCGAGAAGUUUGAGUUGUCUUCCGAGAUUGUCGGGAUCGUCGCUGUUGAUGGGAGCUAUGAGAAAAAUAAAAAGAACGGUGUCAUUUUAAUUUGCACCAGCUGUGAAAUAAUUGGAAUUGAUCUGGAUACGGAAUCGUUGAGCAUGAUGCAACCCAAAUAUUUUCUUUCGAUUAACAAUAGCACUCCGACUACGCAUGCAAAGUCUAUUGAAAUCGAGGAAAACGUUUGGAAUCGCUUAGAAGCAGUGAGUUUCUAUUUUCUUGAAAAAUGUACAAUUCUUUCUCAGGCAAGCAAAUCGUACUGGGAGGCUCACAAUAUCAGAAAAUUGUUAACGAAGCUAACCAUCAACGGACCGCCUAUCGACAGGUGUUUUGUCUGGUCAUUCAAACGGAAACAUUUGCAUUUGGGCAUCUGGUGGAGUUGGAAUGUUUCUUUUGCUGGUAAUCAAGACAUCUUUGGAGUUCGAUGGCUCUCCAUUCAAUGUGAGUGGUGUAUUUCAACAAAGGAACGUCCGAACCUUCUUUUACAGGCCGAUCCAGAAGGACUCAGACAGAAGCCUGCUAAAAGAAUCGGGUUCUACGAUCCGUUUGACGAUGAUGAAGAAAUGUGUUUGACGAAAGUACACUUUGAUCCCAAGUCGGGUUUCGUGAUUGCUUCAAAUCGUGGAGGCUUCAUUUUGAUGUACGAGCUCUGUGACAAUGCAAGAAAGUUAUCGAACUGGGAAGCUAUUCCGAUUAGUUGCAACAAUUCUCCUCCUGAUAGCAGCAAGAGAAGACUAUUGAAGGCAAGAAAGUCGGAGCUCGAAUACAAGGCUGGAUAUCAGAUUCGAUUAAAAAAUGACAGUGCAUUACCACUCGUCUUCUCAAUGCACUCAAGUCACAGAGUCACUGAUAUUGCGUAUCUGCACAAGUAUCAUUGUCUUGCUGUCGGUAGUAACUUUGGUGUGGCGAUGUUGGACGUGAAUCACGGAUAUAUCGUCUACUCCAACUCUUUCAACGAGGAGCUUCGUGAGUUUUGCCGAAUGCACGUAACAAUACAUUUUCGGCGUAUUUCAGAAGAAACAAGCAUUGUCACUCAAACUCAGUUUCAACGGUUCAAGAGUCUCAAGAAAUCACUUCGAAAGACUUUCCGUCGUAAGAAGAAGACUCCCGAUACCACUUUGAUGUCGAACUCUGAUGAAGGAACUCUCCGACAUCACAAUCAACAAAUCACUAAAGUUGAUGAUUUCGACGAGGAAGGUUACAUGGAAAGAGGAAUCGAAGUCGGAGAAGGAUUAGGUACCUUGACAUUAGAUUGUUAUGCCGAAAAUUCCAAAGGUACAGUCUCAUGCAUCCGAACAAUGCGCUUCCCGAUUGUCGAUGACAAGAAUGUCGAUGAUAUCAUUGCUGUGGGUCUUCAGGAAGGUGGUGUUUACUUCUUUGCUAUCAACGAACACGAUGCCGGUUUGCGUAUGACUUUCAAAGCUGAAUUCGUGAAAAAAAUUGGAAUGGCUCAUAAACAGCCAGUUAUCAAUGUGGAUAUCACGAACGAAGAGGGAUACUUCUCAGCAUCAACCAAGAUUGUCAUCAUCACUGAAGAGCAAUUGAGAGUUUACAACUGUCAGCCGAUCUCUAAAAGGGAGAGUUAUAAAAUAACUGCGUUGGAAGGGAUCAAGAUUAAGGGCGGGAUCGUCGCGAGAAUUCUCAAUAAGAAGAACUCCAACAAUUUUGAGUCGUUUGUGGUGUUGGUUGGAAACGACGGCAGUCUCCGCAUUCAUUCUGUCCAGAAGACGUCACUGUUCGAGACAAGGAAGUUCAUCGAUCCGAUUGACGUGAUUGGUUUGAACUCGACUUGCUUGUCAAGAGAUGGUGACGUUGCAUACCUCAUCAAAUCGUCUGAGCUCCAACGUACCACCGUCAACUUGAACUUCCGUGGAUGGAGCAGUGCCCACAAAUCCUAA